CAACUGACUCCUCAUUUUAUGAAAGCAAGCCAGAGAUCUCUCCUCCUCCUAGAACAAUGCUUCACCAUGACCCAGAUGAAGCAAAUUCAGUCUCACCUCGCCGUUUCCGGCACCCUCCUCGACCCUUACGCCGCCGGAAGAAUCGUCGCCUUCUGCGCCGUCCGCGACUUCUCGUACGCCCACAGGUUCUUUCAGCAUCUCCCUCAUUUGUGUCGAACUGCCUUCGUCUGCAACACCAUGAUCAAAGCUCUCGUGGAUGAAAAGGAACACGAGUCUGCUCUGGCUCUGUACAAGAGAAUGGUGACGGAUUAUGGCUUCUUGCCCAACAACUACACGCUCUCGUUCUUGCUCACUGCUUGCACUCAGCUCGGCGAUGUCUGCUCGGGCUCUAUUUACCACUGCCAAGCCAUCAGGCUGGGAUGGGAAUCCUAUGACUUUGUGCAGAAUGGAUUGAUCCAUCUGUACGUCACUUGCAAUGUUCUUGAAUCAGCUCGCAGAAUUUUUGACGCGAGUGUGAACCGAGACGUGGUUACCUGGACUGCUCUCAUUAAUGGGUGUGUGAAGUCUGACCAAGUCGAAGUCGCGCGCAAUCUAUUCGACGAAAUGCCGGACAAGAAUGCUGUUUCUUGGAGCGCGAUGAUCAAUGGGUACGUGCAGGCUGGCCUGUUUAGGGAGGCUUUAGAGCUUUUCAACGCCAUGCAGACUCUUUCCGGGCUUCGUCCGAGUCAUGCAGGGGUUGUGGGCGCGCUAACCGCCUGUGCCUUCCUUGGUGCUUUGGAUCAGGGAAGGUGGAUACACGCGUACGUGGACAGGACAAAGAUGAAGCUAGAUAGGAUAUUGGGCACUGCGCUUAUCGACAUGUACUCAAAAUGUGGUUGCGUCGACGCAGCUCGUCGUGUUUUUGAGGAGAUGGAGGAGAGAGAUGUGUUUGCCUUUACUUCCUUGAUUUCAUGCCUGGCGAAUCACGGUCACAGCAAGGAUGCAAUUGAGUUGUUCGGGCGGAUGCUGACUGAAGGAGUCGCGCCUAAUGAAGUUACUUUCAUAUGCGUGCUGAGCUCUUGCAGUCGGAUGGGUAUGGUCGACCACGGUUUGGAAAUAUUCAGGAGUAUGAGCAAGGAAUACGGGAUCGAGCCGGGAGUUCAGCAUUACGGGUGUUUGGUGGAUCUAUUAGGUCGAGCCGGGAUGCUGGAAGAGGCGAAGCAGGUAGUGAGAGGAAUGCCGAUGGAGCCCGACUCUUAUGUUCUCGGGGCAUUGCUCAACGGAUGCAGAGUUCAUGGUGAUGUGGAGUUGGGAAGAGAAUUGGUGGAAAGCAUAAUUCAGAGGAAGCUCGACCACGGCGGAGUUCAUGUUUUGCUUUCUAAUAUGUAUGCCUCGACAAGCCAGUGGGACGACGUUGUGAAAGUGAGGAAAGGGAUGGAGGAGAACAGGGUUAAGAAGGUGCCUGGCUGUAGUUCGAUCGAAGUGAAUGGCGAGGUCCGCGAGUUCGUUGUGGGAGACCGGUCCGUUGCGCUCGUUGAAGAGGUCGUACCAUUGUUAUGUUGGAUUGAGAAGCAUUUGAAGUCCCUUCGCCUGGAGGAGGAGGGCGGCGCGGGAGUUGCUGAAAAUUGUUUCUUUUAACAUGUGUGCCUCGGGUGCAUAAAUUCAACAAGAGUAGAGCCCAGGCGAUGGAUUUUGCCAUUCUAUUUCCUUUCAUUUUGUGCAUAUUGGCGACAUCGCUCUCCAUGUAUAUCGCCACCGUUGCUUAAAUUCAACUAAACUGAUCUAUCUCCAUUUGGAUAUUUCUUUGGGUAAAA